GCAGCGGCGGCGGCGGCGGAGGCUCGGGCGGUGUGGCACCUCCCUGAAGGCAAAGCCGCAGAGCUGGACAGACCCAGCAGCUCUGGAGGAGCUGGACGAGCUGCUUUAACAGUGUUAAACAGUGUUUUUAUGACUGGAGAAGCGUUUAGGAGCUGGAAUAUCUGUAGUUCCUGCUGGGCUCCAGGCUGAGGGAGGAUCUAAAGUUUGCUGUGAGGCUGUAGAGCUGGAGAAAGUUUGAGUUUGAGUUUCAGUUGAGCGAGUUCUGCAGUCUGGAGUUGAGUUGAGCUGGUGAAUCACUUUUUCCUUGCACUGCUGCUUUUUUACAGGGAUUGCACAAGCCUCAGUCUGGGGGAAGGAGUGUUCUGAACUGGACCUGGAUCUGCGGACGCUGGAUCGAGCCCUGUCUGGUGGAUAACUGACUGACAGGUGGUGAUUUCUGAAGUUGGAAGUCAGGAAAUCAGGAUGUAGACUCCAAGAAGUUUGGAAUAUUUGUGUUUGUUCCUUUGAUCUCAGUGAAUAAAGCAGCUCUGCAGUGGUGUGAACGUUUCAGGACCGUGAUGGCUUCAGUUUUGGGAUUAUUUCUGAGCCCUGGCUGGAAGAGGACGGCUGCAGGACACUCCUGAGACCCGAGACCCUCCUCCCUCGCUCAUGGAGCUCCAGCUGGGAUGCGGAUUGCUCUACUGCUUUCUGCUGCCAGCUUUCCUGCUAGCAGCCUGCCUGUUCCGCUACAACGCCCUGUCUUUAGUCUACCUUCUCUACCUGCUGCUGCUGCCAUGGUUCCUCUGGCCCAACAAACACACACUGCGAGGACACACAGGCCGGUUCAUCAAGGCUUUGUUCAGCACCAGUCUGCUCUUUGUGUUGGCUCACGUCUGCUUCCAGAUCUGCCUCUACACUGUCCCGGGCCUGGACAAUGAGCUGGGACACAACUGUAGCUCAUGGGAGAAUUUGGCAAGGCACAUUGGCGUGUCCAGGCUUCCUCUGGAUGAGCCCUGGACAGUGGUGCGUCUCCUGGCUCCUGAUCUGGGUGUCUUCAUCAUCUCUCUGAUCACUAUGGUCUUGUGCAACCGCUUGGUGAAGAGUCGAGAGGAAGGACCCACAGCCCAGAACUCCACAGCCAAUCAGGAGGAGUCUGGUACAGAUGAGGAGGAAGAGGAGGAGGAUGAUGAAGAUGGGGAGGAAGAUGAAGAUGAUGAGGAGGAUGGGAGGCAGUCAUCCAGUGCUCUUGAGGAAGAGUCCGGCAGAGCCGCUCUGCUGGCCGCCCGUCUGAGAGCCACGGCACAGCGCUUCCUCAGGAACAUCGGCCGGCUGCUGGCCGUCACCCUGCUGGCACUGGCUGGAAUCACAUUACCCUCAGCCUUCUCCUCCGUCUACUUCCUGCUCUUCAUUGGAGUGUGUACCUGGUGGGCCUGCCACUUUCCCAUCAGCCACCUGGGCUUCAACGCGCUGUGUGUGAUGGUCAGCUUCUUCACCGCGGGUCAUCUAGUAUGUCUGUAUCUGUACCAGAGCGACCUCGCCCAGACCAUCUUUACCCCAGACAGCCUGUGGGCCAGACUCUUCGGCCUCAAGGAUAUCAUCAUCCCUGCCAACUGCUCCUCCUCCGAUGCCCUCAUCCUCAACACAGAACACGAUUGGCCCGUCUACGUCAACCCCGGAAUCCUGCUCCUCCUCUACAUCACAGUGGCAACCAUCCUGAAGAUCAGCACCCACAGUUACUCAGAGACGAUUGUGGGCGAAGCCACCGUGACAGAAAGUGGCAGUGGAGAGGAGGUGGAGCUAAAGCAGUGGGGGGCGGGACGAAAAAGCCCUGAUGAUGACACUAAGCAAAUGCUGCUGGCCUCGGGGGAGAGCCCUGGGCAGGAAUCCGACCCAACUAACACUAAAGAACACGUCACUAACGGUUCCGGUCAGCAUGACCUCGGGCUCAGUACGUCAGCGGUGCAGCAGGAGGAAGAGGAGGACAGUGCUCUGCUCUUAGUGGGCAGGAUGAUCAUGCAGCAGAGCUACAUCUGUGCUCUCAUUGCCAUGAUGGUGUGGAGUAUCACCUACCACAGCUGGCUGACCUUCGUGCUGCUGUUGUGGGCGUGUCUGAUCUGGAUGCUGCGAGCGCGCCGACACUUUGCCAUGCUGUGCUCUCCGUUCAUCCUGCUGUACGGCCUGGGGCUCUGCUGCCUACAGUACGUCUGGGCCAUGCACCUGGAGCCCGAGCUGCCCCAGCACGUGGGCUACAUGAGCCUGAGGCAGAUGGGACUGGACCGAGCGACGUACCCCUGCCUGCGCCUUGGAGCCAUGCUGCUUUUCACUCUGACGUUUUGGCUGCUUUUAAGACAAUCAGUAAAGGAUAUUUUCUGGAGGAAGAAGAAACAGACGGCUCCACUGCAGGAGGUCACCACUGGAGAGAACACUGGGCGAGACGACUCUAUUCUGAAGCUGCUGGGCCGAGUGGUGAUGAGUCUGUACGCUAAGUACUGGAUCUACGUGUGCGGGGGCAUGUUCAUCAUGGUCAGCUUCGCCGGGAAACUCGUCGGCUACAAGAUUGUCUACAUGUUGCUGUUUCUGCUCUGCAUGUGUCUCUACCAGGUGUAUUACUCCCUGUGGAGGAGACUGCUGAAACCCUUCUGGUGGCUGGUGGUGGCGUACACCAUGCUAGUGCUCAUCGCUAUCUACACCUACCAGUUUGAGGAUUUCCCAGACUACUGGAGAAACUUCACCGGCUUCACAGAGGAACAGCUGUCAGAUAUUGGUCUGGAGACGUUUAAGCUGUCGGAGCUUUUCACCAGCAUCAUGAUCCCCGGCUUCUUCCUGCUGGCCUGCAUCCUGCAGCUGCACUACUUCCACAAGCCCUUCAUGAAGAUCACAGACCUGGAACACGUCACACCCCUGCACAGGAGGAGAACAGCCCCGAGGCCGGAGGUGCUGCAGAGUUCUGAGGGAGGGGGGUUUGAGGAGGAGGAUCUGCAGACGGAUCUGGGAGAUGAUGAAUCAGAGGAUGGUGUGAUGGUGCCCAGUAAGUGGGGGCUGGUGAUGGACAGGCUGAUGGUGCUCUUCAGGAAGUUCUCGGAUAUCCUGACCCUGAUCCAGGCUUUCCUCUGGAGGAUCCUGGAGCUCCACAUCCUCAAAAUCGUGGCCUUCUUCGUGGUGUGGGUGGCGCUGCUGGAGCCAUCUGUGAUGAAUCUGGUGUUGGUGGUGUUGUGGUCCUUUGCGAUGCCGUACGCUCGAUUCAGACCGAUGGCCUCCUGUCUGUCCACCGUCUGGGUCUGCGUCAUCAUCGUCUGCAAAAUGCUCUACCAGCUCAGCAUCGUCAACCCGAACGAGUACUCCAAUAACUGCACUGUGCCUCUUUCUAAUGAAACCAGUCUAGAGAUGAAUGAGAUUGUGAACUCCACGCUUUAUAAAGACCCGGUGGAUCCAGCAAACUGGUUUGGGUUCAGGAAGGCUGCCACUGCUCUGGGAUACAGUAAGAAUCACCUGCUGGUUCUGCUGUUGCUGGUGUUCGAGGCGACGGUGUACCGGCACCAGGUUCAUCACUACAGGCAGCUCCAGCGCUCUCCACCCACCAUCCCCGCCAUCUUCCCCCAGGCCACACGAGACAAACUGGACCAGGGUCUGCUGCCCUGCAUCAAAUACCUGCUCAACUACAGCUUCUACAAGUUCGGCCUGGAGAUCUGCUUUUUGAUGACGGUGAAUGUGAUUGGCCAGCGUAUGAACUUCCUGGUCAUUUUCCACGGCUGCUGGUUGGUAGCGAUCAUGGUGAGGCGGCGGCGAGCGGCCAUCGCCAAAAUCUGGUCCAAAUACUGUCUAUUCCUCGUCAUCUUCAUGAUCUACCAGUACAUCCUGUGUGUGGGCAUCCCUCCGGCUCUCUGCAUUGAUUAUCCAUGGAGAUGGAAAACCUCAGUCACCAUCAACUCAGCUCUGAUCAAAUGGAUCUACCUGCCCGACUUCUACACCAUCCCCAACUCCAGAAACCUCAUCGCGGACUUCCUGCUGCUGAUGUGUGCGUCUCAGCAGUGGAAGGUGUUUGAGAACGAGAAGAAGGAGGAGUGGAUGGUGUUGGGCGGAGAGAACAACGAUAACCCCGACCCCAUGGACGGACUGCCCUUUAACCCCGCCCCCAACUUCAUCAACUGCAGGUCGUAUUUGGACAUGAUGAAGGUUCUGGUGUUCCGCUACAUGUUCUGGUUUGUGUUGGCGGUGGUGUUUGUCACGGGUUCUACUCGGAUCAGUGUGUUUGGGUUGGGGUAUCUGCUGGCCUCUUUCUUCUUCCUGCUGUUCGGAACCCGACUGCUCAUCAAACGCUCCUGCACCCGCCUGCUGAUGUGGGACUGUCUCAUCAUCUACAACGUCACUGUCAUCAUCUCCAAGAACAUCCUGUCUAUUCUGGCGUGUGUGUUUGUAGCUGAUAUGCAGGCUCGUUUCUGCUGGGUGAUUCAGCUCUUCAGUCUGGUCUGCACAGUGAAAGACUACUACGAUCCUGCGUCUCUGAAUGAUAAGGAGUGCAGUCUGCCGGUAGAGGAAGCUGGUAUUAUCUGGGACAGUAUCUGCUUCUUCUUCCUCCUGCUGCAGAGGAGAGUCUUCCUCAGCUUCUACUUCCUGCACGUGACCGCGGACCUGCAGGCUUCAGCACGCCAGGCCUCCAGGGGUUUCGAGCUGUUCAGAGCCAGCAUCAUAAAGAACAUGCGUUUCCACAAGCAGGCAGAGAAGAAAUCCAUCCAGCAGCUGAAGAACUCGAUGCAGCGAAUCCGUGAUAAACAGCAGAAGUAUAAAGAAGGUCGGAAACCAUCUGAAAGAGAAGAACAGCCGACAGAGUCUCAGGAGGAGCUGGAGAGGAAACAGAGGAAGGAGAGGAAGACCUCCAAACACAAAGAGUGGCACCGACCCUGGAUAGACCAUGCUACUGUUCUUCAUUCUGGAGAUUAUUACCUGUUUGAGUCGGACAGCGGCGAGGAGGAGGACUUCUCAAUGGGAGAGCAGAAACAACCCAAACAGACUGCCUUUCAGCUGGCGUAUCAGGCGUGGGUGAGCAGUGCUAAACAUGCUCUCCGUGAACGACAGAGGAGACAGAGAGAGCAGAGACUGGAGAGAGAGAGACAACAAGCCGGAUCACAGGCCUCAGGAGGUGAUGGAGAGGAGGCGGGGGCUGUUUUUGAGGAGCACGGGUCUCAAAUAGAAGAGGAGGAGCUGGGAGAGGAAGGGGAGGAGUCAGGUACCCGCAGCGAUACGGUGCAGAGAAUCCUGGACAUCCUAAAGUUCCUCUGGGUUCUGUUUCUGGCCAUGGUGGACGGGUUCACGCUGUGGCUCAGCAUGCUGACCAAGCAGUACGUCGACACGUCCACGGUUCUGUCUGAGGAGCGCUACAUGCUCAUCCAUAACAUUGACCAGACGUCCACCAGAGAGCCCAUGGAUGACCAGCUCUCUCAGGGCAGUGAGUCCCCCACUCUGGAGACGUGUUUAGACGAGACUGAUACUGAUGCUAAUAUCAGCGGUGCUGUCAGUUCUGCUGAGCUGGAGGAAAUCAGUGAGUUGGAUGGGGCACAGGGCCACAGCAGCACCACUCUGAGCUCCCAGCCCACCCUGCAGCUGGAGCCUGACUCACGGACCCUCCGGCGCCAGCGCCGCUCCAGAACCGCCAGCGAACUGCUCUCAGACAAACCUUACUGUAUAGAGGAGCUCGUCCACAGUCGAGAUUUCUACUCGUCUCAGAACCGUAUGCUGAAGCUCCUCUUCGCUCUCUAUAACGUUCUGGCGUGUCACUCUGAGCUGGCCUGCUACUUCAUCAUCGUCCUCAACAACGCGGUGACGGCCUCCGUCAUCUCCCUGGUCCUGCCCAUCCUCAUCUUCCUCUGGGCCAUGCUGGCCGUGCCUCGACCCUCCAAGAGCUUCUGGAUGACCGCCAUCGUCUACACAGAGGUUAUGGUUGUGGUGAAGUACUUGUUCCAGUUUGGCUUCUUCCCCUGGAACAGUGAAUACGAGACCCGGCUGAACGAGAACAAGCCUUUCUUCCCCCCGCGGAUCCUCGGCCUGGAGAAAACCGAUAACUACAUCCGCUACGACCUGCUGCAGCUGCUGGCGCUGUUCUUCCACCGCUCUCUGCUGCAGCGCUACGGGCUGUGGGAUCAUGAGGGUCCUCUGGAGGAGAAGGUCAGCCCGUCCUCAGAUCAGCAGCAGGAGAAGAAGCAGGAGGAAGUGGAGGAGACGGAUACUGGUUUAACUGAGCUGAAGGAGAAAACCACAGAGCCUGACCGAGAGUCCCUAACACACACUGAUACACACACCGAUACACACACCGAUACACACACCGAUACACACACCGAUACACACACCGAUACACACACUGAUACACACACUGAUACACUCCCGCAUACACACCCGGACCCUGAGCAGAGCGCAGAUAUAACCCCUGACCCGGACAGUUUACCCAGGGAGGAGGGCAAAAGGAAGGGAGGUCUGCUGCGCUUCCGCAGGAAGAAAUCAUCCCGCAAAGACUCUGGAGUAAAGGAGGUGAAGAAGAAGAAGGUGAAGGGGAAGCGUGGAGAGGAAGCCAGUAAAAAGAUAAAGGCUUUCGGGCUGAAACUUAAGAGCGCCUUCAUCUCUGGUGUGAGGAGUGUAUACAGGCCGACUCACAGGUUCUUCCAUAACAUCCUGCAUGCUGAGUACCGCGCUGCUACUGAUGUUUACGCUCUGAUGUUCCUCACUGAUGUGGUGGAUUUCAUCAUCAUCGUGUUUGGGUUCUGGGCAUUUGGAAAACACUCUGCGGCGGCUGAUAUCGCCUCCACGCUGUCGGAGGAUCAGGUGCCCGAGGCCUUCCUGGUGAUGCUGCUGAUCCAGUUCAGCACCAUGGUGAUCGACCGCGCCCUCUACCUGCGCAAAGCCGUGCUCGGAAAACUCAUCUUCCAGAUCAUCCUGGUGUUCGGAAUCCAUCUGUGGAUGUUCUUCAUCCUACCUGCAGUCACUGAGAGGAUGUUUAAUCAGAACUUCGUGGCUCAGCUCUGGUACUUCGUGAAGUGUAUCUACUUCACCCUGUCAGCGUAUCAGGUCCGCUGCGGAUAUCCCACACGCAUCCUCGGAAACUUCCUCACCAAGAAAUACAACCACCUCAACCUCUUCCUUUUCCAGGGCUUCCGCUUGGUGCCGUUCCUGGUGGAGCUUCGGGCCGUGAUGGACUGGGUCUGGACCGAUACCACUCUGUCCCUCUCUAACUGGAUGUGUGUGGAGGACAUUUAUGCCAACAUCUUCAUCAUAAAGUGCAGCCGAGAGACGGAGAAGAAAUACCCUCAGCCUAAAGGCCAGAAGAAGAAGAAGAUAGUGAAGUACGGAAUGGGUGGUCUCAUCGUCUUUUUCCUCAUCUGCAUCAUCUGGUUCCCCCUGCUCUUCAUCUCAUUGGUCCGAUCAGUUGUGGGUGUGGUCAACCAUCCGGUGGAUGUCACUGUAACAGUCAAGCUGGGAGGUUAUGAGCCCUUGUUUACGAUGAGUGUGCAGCAGCAGUCCAUCCAGCCGUUCACUGAAGCCGACUACAACCAUCUCACCGAGCUGUUCGGCAGCAAUGCGGUGGCGAUGCAGUUCAUUACACUGUACAGUUAUGAGGACAUUGUAACGGCCAACAUUGAGGGCAGCUCGGGGUCAGUCUGGAGGAUCAGCCCACCCAGCAGACAGGAGGUCAUAAAGGAGCUGCUGGGCAGCCCUGCGGAUAUGACCCUGCGGCUGGCCUGGAACUUCCAGAGGGACCUGAAUAAAGGCGGAACGGUGGAGAACACUUUUGAUAAGCACUCUAUUAAUUUAGAGCCUGGAAACCCAGUGAGAGCAGACCUGGCCUCUCUGCUGGUGGGGAACCGCACUGAGCCAGUUCGAGUGCCGCACAUGUUCCCCAACUACAUCAGAGCCCCCAACGGAGCCGAGGCCAAGCCGGUCAGCCAGCUGUACGAGGGAGAUGAAGAGGGCUAUCAGAACGUGACGCUGUCUCUGAUGAGGGACGGCUCUCUGAACGGCAGUGGAGCUCAGGAGUGGUGGGACAUCAGUGUUGCGGACUGUGAUCAGUCUUCAGGGGCCUGUGGGGUCUUACCCAUGAUCAUCUUCAACGACAAAGUGAGCCCACCCAGCCUGGGCUUCCUAGCGGGAUAUGGGAUCAUGGGGCUGUACGUAUCCGUGGUUCUGGUGAUCGGUAAGUUCGUGCGAGGCUUCUUCAGUGAGAUUUCUCACUCCAUCAUGUUCGAGGAGCUUCCCUGCGUAGACCGCAUCCUCAAACUCUGCACGGACAUCUUCCUGGUGCGGGAGACGGGCGAGCUGGAGCUGGAGGAGGAGCUUUACUCCAAACUCAUCUUCCUCUACCGAUCUCCAGAGACCAUGAUCAAAUGGACCCGGGAGAAGAACAAAGACUAGACUCCUCCCGUUUCCACCUGAACUACCUGUCCUUUUCAGUGCCGACUCACCUGGUGCAGGUGGGGCGGCCAUGUUCAAAGUGCCUUCGUUUAGACCGCGGCCUCCCGCACGGCCUGCUGGGAAGAGUGGAGCUUCAGUGUUAACGCUCUUCCGGGACGUGGCGCUCGUCGUGUCAUCCGACGGCUGUAAGCGAUCAUUUCUGAGCGCAGAGAUGAGCACAUAGCGAUUUCUUCUCAAUGCUGCUGAGCUAUGCUGACACAGAGAGAGAGAGAGAGAGAGAGAGAAAGAAAAAAAGAGAUAGAGAUAUAGAUAAAGAGAGAGAGAGAUAUUCAAGGCUCUCUGGAUCUGAAGCUUGGGUGAUGGAUGUAUUUUUUUUGUGUGUUCUUAGGUUUCUGUUCAUUAAGGCUGAGCCAUGCUUACGUAAUCCAAUUUCAGGCCACGCCCCCAAAGCCAGAACAGCCUUAUUGAGUGAAUGUGACCUAAUCGGCCUUAUUGGUCUGUCUGUUCUCCGCCCAUAAAUGUGUUCAUUAUUUUUUUUAAGCUACUGGUGUGAUUUUUGGACAAGCUUUACACACUGCAACAUAUGAUGUUGUCAGUUCAACCCAAUGACUUUAUAUAAUCAUGGACGGCGUGAUCCUAUUCCCUUCCAUUCUAUAGAAAUGAAGCUAGAAAUGUCCGCCAUCUUCUUUUCGCCAAUUUGCAAGUAGAAACCACAGGUGAAGCCAGACUCAUCUACUUUACUCAAUUGGUAGACCCUCCCUAGACCAAAGCGUCUCUCAGACUGCCUUCAUUGAGUUUACAGUGCAGCUGAGACAAACUGCUGAGAUGAACCGAAGCUAAUAUGAUCCAAUUUAAUGCCUGAGCUGUUGCGUAAAAGUCAGCAUAUGUUAGUGGCCAUUAAAAGAAGAUAAAAUAUCAAGUGUAUUAAACAAUGUUUGGACAAAAAGCAAAAAAGCACCUUGUCUAACUUAACUAACAUUAGCUGGCUGGCUAACAGCUAAAUUAGCUAGAUCACACCCUGGCCAUUUUAUGCUAACAUCAAUCAGACUUCAGGUGGUGCAGCAUUUAAUUAUUAUUGUCCAUUCCUUAAUUGCUUUUUAGCCUCUGCCACCUAUUGCACCUAUAUUUAAGGUGGAACAGGAAAGCUAACUAGCUCCUGAGAUGAACAAAUAGUGAUUUUUUUUUAUUUAAUGCUUGUUAUGAAGAACGUGGCCACAAAACAUUAAAACUACACAUUAAACUAUGGUUAUAUAUUGGUUAUCGUACAUUUAUAGCAAGGAAAAUACUUUAUUUAUGGGUUUCUUUGGUCGCCUGUGCCACCACCAUCUAGCCAGUCAUUGUCAUAGGCCUCUGUUUUAAAUGUGCAUCUAAAAACAAAAUCUCUGUUUAAAAAGCUCAUCUAGCCCUAAAACUUACCCCUACAUCUCCAGCCUUACAAGAACCCUACCCCUAAGCAUGCACACUCAAAACAGAUGGGGGAGGGGUGAAAUGGGAUUAAGCCUACAUGUCAGUCACUUCAUUUGGAAGUUUAGCCCCACCUUCUUAUGCUAAUAUCGCAGAAUAUUAGAAGGUUUUAAAAGAGGGAGAUAAAAAUGUGUUAAUAUCAUUUGGUUGAACUGAAUUUUUGCCAGCGCCAGUGUUCUCUAAAGCUUGUCCAACCUAGCAACAGUUGCUAUGAAUGAGUUCGUUUGUGGGCGGAGCAUGGAUAGGACAGUUCUGAUACAUCUGAUACGUUACUGUCUUCCUGAGAUUUCCUAAAAAGUAUACAAUAUGCAAAUGCAAAUAUCUCAAAAACAGCAGGAUGGGCGGAGAUUUCCUGAGAGGACCUUUUACUCACAAACACUAUUGUAAUGUAUUUGAAUUGAUGUUCUUAAUUACACUGAAUGCCACAUGUCAUGGGACAGGAAUUAGAAACAUUGUGUGCCGUGACUUUUGCCACAUCCCAUAGAAGUUACAGGAUGCUGCUGCACUGAGCUGUGGAAUAUGUGUGGGGGGCGUCUCCUGCAUUGAGUCAUUGAGAUUUGUUUGAACGGAUUUGUUGAAUGGACAAUUCUAGCCAGAUGCCACCGGUCACGAUCAUUACCACACACUGCACUGCACUACCACUGUGGGUGGUAAUGUUAGCCAUUUAUGACGUAUGUCUAGGUAUUCACAUGUGACACAGAAAUGUUUGGAAUUGGAAUGCCCCAUCUACCUGGCGCCCAUUAUCAGACCUCGCCAACGACAUCAGCGACAACCAUAAUUGACGUCACCUUGCCAUGAGCACACUGGCCAGAGCCAAACUCACUCACAAAAUAACACCUCACAAUGUAGACGAACUGUGGGCGUUUCCAAACAGUCCCCUAAUGUAACACAUCAUGAUCAAUGUACAUAAUGCUGUCCCAUGACUUUUGUCACAUCAGUGUUAUACACCAAAACUGUUUACAUACAGACUGUCUGACAGGAGGAGACUUUGGAUUGGUUAUGAUAUUUCUACUAAACGCCAAAGACUUGAAUUUACUAUAUUUAGUUGCAAUUUUUGGGAGUCAGAGCUGCGAUUUAUCGAUUUACGAGGAAAAACUUAAUGAAAACUGACACUUCAGACAAAAGUUGCUGUCUGCUAGUUUACCAUGUUGUUUCAUAUGGCAAACGUCUUUCUAGAAUAGUUUUUUUUAUAUAUGUUCUUUAGGCACCGUCCAAAAAUAAUCGGAUAUUUUUGAAAAACCAAUAAUCGGAUAUUUUUCCGUCCACACAGAUUAAAACGCUUUUAUGAGCAUGCACUAGUCCUGUAGGCUGAACCAAAAAAGGAGAAUCAAGAGGAAACGACAGAGGUUUAAUCCCAAAUUAAUUCCUAAACACUACUCCCUACAUAGUGUACGACACAAAUAAGGAAAAGAUUGACUGAUUUCAAAUCUAAACAGAGAUAUAUAUAUAUAUAUAUAUAUAUAUAUAAAUAAAACAGUAUUUAUAUAAAUAAAUAACAGUAUUUACUUCUGUUAAUGUGUUUUAAAAUCUGUACUCAUAUGCGUGUAGAUUCUACCUUACAUGGUUCACUAUGUAGGGAGUAGGAGGGUAUUUGGGAUUUAGCCAGAGUCUGACUGAGUGUUCCAACACUGUUCCAACUCUAUACUGAUUGGUCUAAUUGUGGGAUGUUUGCUUGUAUACAUGUAGCAACAUAUUUUUUUCAGAAUUUUUCCCAAAGAAAUGAAUGGCGUGGCAAAUAUAACAUCACAAUGGGUUACCAGAGCAACCACUUGAAACACCAUAGCAACAAUUUGGGAUUCCACAGCAACUGAUUCACAUGUACAGGACACCAAAAAGCAUUCAAACGCAUCCGUUUUUAAAUAUAGACGGAUAUUUCUGGACGGGGCCUUAAUUUCACUUGUCUUAUCUGCCACUUUUAAAUAGUUCGCUACAGAUGUGCCAACUAACUUAAAUCAGAGAUGGCUGGAAUUGUUACUGUAUGGACACUUAAGUGCAAAUACACAGCCUUUUGUAACUUUCUAUUUAUUCCUAUUUACAAAAUUUUCUAUUUUCAACAAAUCAAAUGUGAUCAUAGUUUUUUUUUUCUUCUUGUUUUUGUUUUGAUGACAAAUCGACAUUUUGCAAAUUUACAGUAUCUUAAAAUCAAUAAAUCUUAAAUGUUA